AUGAUUCGCGCUGCUGCCAUUCUGCUGGCCGUGGGGGCCGUCACCCCGGCCGCUGCCUCCGCCGCGGGCUCGGAGCGGUCAUGGACCUCUCCCAAGGAGACGGAUUCAGUCCUCAUGGCCGAGGAGCAGCUGCAGAUGGGAUUCUCGCCGCGGCCCACGCCGGCGCCGCAACCCCGCGGUAUCUUUGGCCGCAUGGACCUGGUGCCGCGACUGGACGGCUAUACCCUGGGGCCGGCGACCUGCGGAUUCGUCAAGUCCAAUGGGAACUCCUUCACUUGUGUUGCCAACACGGCAACAUGUACCGACGUUAAUGGCUUCAUGGGCUGUUGCCAGCCGAAUCAGCAAUGCACCAGGAUCCAGACGGUGUGCAUUGACUAUGCCUCUUCCAAGGCAGGAAAGUGUGAUCUCUUGUCCGACUUUCACACCGUUUGUUGCUCGGCAACGGCGCCCGCCUGCUACACUUACCUCAUGGAGAGGACCGGCGGCAAGAACUCUGGGAGCGUCGUCACGGCACUUGCGUGCUACACCACCUCGGGCACCGCGACCCUCCUAGACUACGACCCCUCUUGGUCCCGGACGCACAGCUUCGCCUCAAGCACCUCAUCCACGUCGUCGUCUGAGUCCUCUACCACGGCCACUGCCACAACGUCGCAGACGUCUGCUGCAACUACCUCCUCGGACGGCGGUGACGGCGGCGGUGGCAGCAAGACCAAUGUCGGCGCUAUUGCCGGUGGCACCGUGGGAGGUGUCGCCGCCAUCGGCCUCGUCGGCCUGGCUGCGUUUCUUCUGCUGCGUCGCAAGAAGAAGGGCAAGGACUCCGACGUGCACAGCUCUCCCCAACAGGCCAUGUCCCAGCACACGGCCCAGAGCCCGCCGCAAGGAUACCCCCCGACCUCACCAGCUCCCCAGAGCUAUCAGGGCUACUCUCCCGCUCCUCAGGGCCCGUACGACCCCCACAUGAGCAUGUACAGCCAGCAGCAGCCCUACUCCCCGCAGAGCGGCUACCAGCAGCAGUAUCCGCAGCAGUUCCAGCAGCCAUACCCUCAGCAGGGCGCAUACCCGCAGCAAUACGGCGCCGCGGGUUUCCCCGUGUCGUCGACCGGCUCGCCGCCACCUCACACGACUCCGAGCCCGAACAUGACGGACAACCGUGAGCACAGCGGUGUUCCCUCGAGCCCGCAUGGCGCGUCGCCGCCCCCGCCGGGCGGUGAGCACGGCCACCAGCAGCCGCAAGAGCUGGGCACGGUGGCGCCCCUGGGUAACGAGGGCAACCGGGCUGAGCUCAGCUAG